UGACAGAGCGGCUGCGAACAAGAACCUUACCCGUUACCAUUACCAGAGCAGGAGCAUAUGCUCAGGAGACAAGGACCCCUGCUCUCCACACCAAGUGUUAGUCUGUCAAACAGACUCCUAUCUGUCUGUCAGCCCAGACUUCCAGAAGGAGAUCAGGUCUCUGAAUUACAUCAUCAUGAACUGGCACAUGACCAUCUCAGGGUUUGUCGUAGUAGCGAUCAAAGCCGUUGGGAUGACCGUGUUUCUGCUGUAUUUCCCGCAGGUUUUUGGCAAAAGUCACGAUGGCUUCGUCCCUACGGAGAGCUACGGGACCACUAACGUGCUGAAUGUCUCACAGAUUUUUGGGAGGAAUAAUGAGAGCUUAAUUCCCACCAGAAGCUAUGGAACAGGUUGUCCCAAAGAUUGGGACUUUCAACUAGGAAGAUGCUUUUUCUUCUCCACCUCUGAAUUCUCUUGGGAAAACAGCAGGGAUGAUUGUGCGACCAAAGGAUCCACACUGGCAAUUGUCGACACAGCAGAGAAACUGAAGUUUCUUCAGGACGUAGCUGGUGCUGAGAAGUACUUUGUUGGUUUGAUGCGUCAACCUGGAGAGAAAAAGUGGCGCUGGGUCAACAACUCUGUGUUCAAUGGCAAUGUUACCAAUCAGGAUCAGAACUUCAACUGUGUCACCAUAGGCCUGACGAAGACAUUUGAUGCUGCAUCAUGUGACAUCAGCUAUCGCUGGAUCUGUGAGAGGACUCCCAAAUGACAAUGGGUCUCUACAACAAGAGCAAAUAUUUAGAGAGACAGCUAAAGAGAUUAGCUGCAACUGAAACUAGUCCAGGAAAUACAGAGCAUCUUCCACCAAUAGAGCUCCCUAACGAAUCCUCAAUGUCAAUAUGUUACUCCUUUUCACAAACAUCUUCACACACAGCAUAACUCGUUUUCUGCACCAGGUAUCCUUUCACUUCCUGUGACAGGGGCCUAGAUUCUAGUCAUCUCAAGCAAACAAAGCCAGCUCUAUGGAGAUGAGAUCAACAUGGUAAUGAGGUCUACUUCUGGAGAGCUGAGCAUUUUGAUUCAUUAGUUGGGUUUUGUCUGUUGACAUACCAAUGGGGAGAAACUGCAAAUGGAUCAGACAUAGGAUUGUUAGGCACUAUUGGCAAAAGAAGAUAAACUCAGCUUUACAACCUCCCCAUUCCCAAAAGACUUCUACUCUCAUACUCCUGCUGAGAUGCAGAGGCCCUCCCAAACUGAGACCAAGGCUUUUGAAAGAACCUCCACAGCUCAACUUGGAACUGAAAAAUAUUGUGGGAAUGAAGAAAGUCCUGUAUAGGACAGAGAUAAAAGUGGGGGAUAAAAGAAGAGACAGGAAGUAAAGGGAAGUAAGGAGGAGAGGAGAAAGGAGGAGGAGAGGAGAAAAAGGAGUGAUGUGUGAGAGAGAAAGGAAUGGGAGGGGCCAGAAAAAAAAAAAAAACACUCAACCUAAAAAAGUAUGUUUUGGGUUUGAAAUAAAUUUUCAUUAGAGUAGAACGGGCAAA